AACUCUUCAGCUGCCAAAGUCCUCCUCGUCAACGACAUCGAUACCACACAUCAUGGCGACCUUCCUGACUCCGCGCGCAACAUGCCUCCGCACUCUUGCUGCGCCACGACACAGCGCGCCUUCGACCGUCUGCGCGGCCUUCACCACCGCUGCGAAGCCAUUGAAGCAGCACACACGACCACAGAGAACUUCUCUGAUCUCGCAACUACCGCGUGCCGUCUUCGUCCGUAGCGCCAGCACAUCUGGGAUACCACCGCCUUCGUCGUCACAACAAAAUGUGCCCGACCACAUCCUCACAUGGAACCGUUUCUUCGACCUCCGCCGGAAAAGACGCUGGAUCAACUUGGGCUGCAGUAUUGCCACAGCUUUUACAACAGCUGUAGUGUUGGGACCCGUGCUAGCUGAGCAGGACUUAGAAACGUGGGCGGCGCAGAUCUCAGGAAUGGAUCCCUUGAUUUUGCUGGGUGUGUCCACGCUUGCUAUCGCGGCGGGAGGAUGGCUACUAGGCCCGACGGUAGGGAAUAUUGGUUUCGGGCUCUGGGCGAGUAGAAGAGGGUGGAAAGCUGGUAUCGCAGAGAAGGAAAAGAGCCUCUACGCUCGUAUCAAGCGCUACCGUGCUGAUGCCUCGGCGAGCAGUCCGCAGAGCCCUCUUCCUGAUUACUAUGGAGAGAAGAUUGGGAGCGUAGCAUCAUACAGAAGGUGGCUGAAGGACCAAAAGGCAUUCAAUCUGAAGAAGAAUAAGAACAUGCUGUGAAAGAAGACAAGAUUGUAUACUGGAAAACUGAAGAGUGCAUGCAGAUGGAUCGACGGACAUGACAGCUAACAGCAUCUGGACAAGGCGUUAUGGUCAAGCGUAGGGCGUUAUGAGCGUGCUGGGACACUCUUCUUGGUCCUCUGGCAAAGAGCUUGCACAGAUUUUAUAAUUUGUAAAGAAUCAAAAGCGUGGAAUGAUGGUAG